AUGGCUACUGCGAGAGCCUCAGUUCUAGCUCUCCACCCAGUGCGCAAUGCGCCCCGCAACUCACCCACGGCUGCCUCCAAACCUGCGCCGCCACGUGGACUCGCAUUACCCGGUCGGAGACAGCUGGCGCUGUCGCUGACUUGGACGGCGGCGCUGUCGGCUGUGGCGGUGGAGGCGAAGGCGGAAGACAUCGGGCUGUUUGGGCUGAAGAGGAAGCUGAAGGAGGCGGAGAGGGGGGCGGAGGUGAUAGUGAAGGAAGGGUUUGAGGCGGCGGAGAAGGGCAUCGAAACGGCGGAGAAGGGGCUCGAAACGGCGGAGAAGGGGCUCGAAACAGCAGAGCGAGGGAUCGAAACGGCGGAGAAAGGGGUGGAGGCGGCGGUGAGCUUUGGCGGGCUAGCGCAGGCUGGAGCGGUGGCGGGAGCGGAGGUUGUGGGGAUUUUGGUGGCGACUUCGGUCGUGAAUGGGAUUUUGGGGCCAGAGAGUUAG